UUGCCAAAGAUAAUAAAUCACUACCGCUAUUCAGUGCCAGAAACCGAAUUAGAGAAAAGUCCUUUUAACCCAGUAUUCAUUUUACCAUGAAGGUUUCUGCCCGAGUUAAAGACGAGUGGUUACAAAUUCCUUGCAAAGAUGGCACAAACACGGUUAGAUGGCUAGGAGAAGAAGCAUGGAGGAAGUAUCAGAAAUUGAUGCAAGGGGUCAAAAUCGAAGAACACGAUAUAAUCAAUGUCAUACAAGAAGUGAGGAAAACGCGAGGAGGUGCUUUAUUGGAUCCCGACGACAUCAUCUCUGAGGUUUUAGAUAAUGACGAUUUUGUCAACAUUGUUCUAACUACAGACACGCAAGUCAAUGUUGGUGUUAUCCCAGAGGAGCUUAAACAUGUUUUGGAGCCAAUUCCAAGCAAUUUUCUCCCGGCGGAUAAUUACGUUUUUGUGGACGGUUCUAACUUAACUACGGAAAUGCUGGUGAAUUUAGGAAAUGGAGAAUUUAAGAUUAAGUUAUCAAAAGAAGCCAUCAAUAGCGUCCUCAAAUCUCGUUCUUUAGUCGAAUCCCUUCUUGGGGAAGAGCGCUCGGUUUACGGCAUUACGACAGGCAUCGGAAGCUUCUCAGAAGUCAGCAUUCCGUAUGAUAAGCUCGAAGACCUGCAAUACAACAUAAUCAGAUCGCACGCGGCUGGCGUGGGUAAUCCUUUAAGCCCCGCAAGAACUAGAAUGUUGCUCGCAUUAAGGAUUAACGUUCUAGCAAAGGGUUACAGCGGCAUAUCCUUAAACACUCUACAGGGCCUCGUCGACGCAUUUAAUGCUUCGUGCUUAUCGUGGGUACCGGAACAGGGAUCAGUGGGCGCCAGCGGCGACUUGGCCCCUUUAGCCCACUUGGCGCUCGGGAUUGUGGGCGAGGGCAAGAUGUGGAGCCCCAAAACCGGCUGGGGAGAAGCCAAACGGGUUUUGAAACUAAAUGGGCUGAAGCCUCUGGUUCUGGGCCCCAAAGAGGCGGAUGCACUGGUCAAUGGGACCCAACUUAUCACUAGCAUUGGGGCCGAAGCUGUGGAAAGGGCUCUGCAUAUAGCAAAACAGGCCGAUGUUGUUGCUGCGCUUACUUUAGAGGUGUUGAAAGGGACGUCUCGUGCGUUUGAUUCAGACGUCCAGAAGAUAAGGCCCCACAAAGGACAGAUCGCUGUAGCCAAACGAUUGAGAGCGCUGCUUCACUCUGAUACUUAUCCGUCCGAAAUUGCAGAAAGCCACAGGUUUUGUAAUAAGGUCCAAGACGCAUACACUUUGAGAUGUUGUCCCCAGGUUCACGGAAUUGUUCACGACACAAUCGAUUUUGUACAAGGAAUCAUCCAGACUGAGAUGAACAGCGGGACUGAUAAUCCUCUUGUUUUUGCUGAUCGAGGCGAAAUCAUUUCAGCGGGAAAUUUCCACGGGGAAUACCCUGCCAAAGUUUUAGACUUCCUAAGUAUAGCGGUUCACGAGUUGGCUUCAAUGAGCGAAAAACGAAUCGAGCGAUUAGUAAACCCCGUAAUUUGCAUAGCAUUAAGCAGCCUUCCGGCUUAUCUCGUGAAAGAUGGAGGCCUCAAUUCCGGUUUCAUGGUGGCGCAUUGCACGGCUGCAGCUUUAGUUUCUGAAAACAAAGUUGUUUGCCACCCUUCGUCAGUAGACAGUAUGAGCACGAGCGCCGGUCAGGAGGAUCACGUUUCGAUGGGAUGUUUCGCUGCUCGAAAAGCUCUCCAAGUGAUCGAAAAUGUGGAAAAUGUGAUUGCUAUCGAGCUCCUUGCGGCAUGUCAAGCAAUUGAGUUUUUGAGGCCUUUGAGGACGACGACGCCUUUGGAGGAGGUUUAUGCUACAGUGAGGAGUGUGGUCCAGCCUUGGGACAAGGACAGGUUUAUGGCGCCCGAUAUUGAAGCCGUUAAGAAGCUCUUAGUUGAGAAUAAAAUUUGGAAUACUGUGCAACAUUAUAUGAUGUUUUAUCAUGCGCCUCAAGAACAAGAAACGAGGGUUUUUAGUCCGACUGCUUCCAGUUUGGGGCCGGAAAGGGCCAAACCUAGGAGCAGUGGAAGGAUUUCGCUGAAGAGGAAGAGCUUCGCUCAAGAAGCAGAGUUUUGAUUUAUUUACAGUACACGUAUUGUUAUUAAUUAUUAUCGUUACCAAUAAACUUAUCAUUUGACGUUU